AUGGCGUCCGACGAGCAUAUGGCUCCUCGGGUGACGCCGGCUGUCAUCGCGGGGAUGGUCAUUGACAAGGCAGCGGACCUCAUUGGGAGUGCAAAGGAAACUAAAACGGUGACGCUAGCGGAUGGCGAGAUGAGCGAUGAAAGCAGCUCGAGCUUGGCCGGUUCGGAGGACGAUGAGAAGAAAGACAAGGUCAUGGUCGGCAUGAUCUGCGACAAAAAGGGCCUCUACGAGAAGAUCGACCAGCAUAACAAGGCCACCUGGACCGACAAGUACCCCGAGGACUUGGAGGAAGCUGCCGAAAAUGAAGAGACCGAGAAGUACGCGCUCUUGAUUCGCAACAAGAAGAGCUAUGAUUCCCGCAAGAAGCUUGAGAUUGACAGCAUCGUCAUACAGAGCCCCCUCUUGAAGACGGUCAUGCGUGAUGUUCUGAAUGAUUACCCCGGUGUCACCACUACUCUUUCACGACUCACCUUCUCCGCCCCUUUCCAACCAUUCGUCCACCGCUGGUACCGGCUGGUCGCUGCGUUGGAGGGCGAGGGUGACUACGACGAGGAUACCAAGACGCAUUUGAAGCUUCUGCGCGACGUCCUUUACGAGGAACUGAGGGACGUCAUUGCUGCCACCGAGGACUACAUCAAGAACAAAGUCGUCACCUACGACCACAUUUGGACAAUAUUUCAACCUGGAUGCAACAUUUACGCCAGUCGAGGAGGAAAGCCGGUUGUUGUCCGUCUGGCUGACGGCCAAUUCAUUCAGCACGCGAAACUCGGCCCUUGUUUCCACCUCAAGUGCGAGAGAGUGGAUUGGGACGGCUCCAAGUUCGGCUACACCACAUCAUCUCACUUCAUCCUCCCCUUCGUCGGCACCACUCCAGUUACUGAUCUGGACAGUUACCCUCUGUCUUACCAUUCUGACGAGGGUGCCAUCACUGCGAAGCUGACCGCCCGCGGCCGUCUCUUCGAAGGACUGGCAGGCUAUCACUAUAGAGAAUACAAAGGUGUUGCCAUUCAGACCACCCAAUACGGCCCUUCGUUGAUCACCGUCGAUGGUCGUAUUGUUGUCGAUGGCGACGCCCACAGUAACGCUAACCCCAAUCAGCAAUUGUACCUUAAGCCGCUUAACCGCGUUGAGCCGACACGAAGCAAUCGAGACCCAGGUUAUGGCUCUGACGACGAGUCCGACUACGAGUUCUACGAUGAAUACCCCUCCUAUGGAGAAGAGGAUGCAUUUCUGGACCACUCGAAGAAGACCGUGCCGCUCACGGAGGAGGAGCUGCUCCUCUGCACGCCGGUUAUCCGCGGAUACGCUCUGAAGCCGAAGCUGUGGCUCGAGUUCUUCGUCGAGUCGGUCUGCGAUAUCGCCUUCAACUCGAAGGCCUUCGACUCGCUCGUGCUGCCGGCGGGCCACAAGUCGCUGAUCCUCGCGUUCGCGCAGAGCCAGGUCAAGAACAAGACGGCGUUCGACGACGUCAUCUCGGGCAAGGGCCGGGGCAUCAUCAUGCUGCUGUCGGGCGGGCCCGGCAUCGGCAAGACGCUGACGGCCGAGUCGGUGGCCGAGGACAUGCGCGCGCCGCUGUACAUGAUGAGCGUGGGCGACCUGGGCAUCAACUCGCGCGAGGUCGAGGCGAACCUGACCAAGGUGCUCGACAUGGUCGCCAAGUGGGACGCCGUCCUACUGCUCGACGAGUGCGACGUCUUCCUCGAGGCGCGCAGCCCGCACGACCUCGACCGCAACCGGAUCGUUUCUAUUUUUCUGCGCACCCUCGAGUACUACGAGGGCAUCUUGUUUUUGACCACCAACCGCGUCCGCAACAUGGACGAGGCCUUCCACUCGCGCAUCCAUUUUAGCUUGGAGUACCCGCCGCUCGACGAGCAGGCGCGCCGCGCUGUGUGGAGGGGGUUCCUGGACCGCCAGGGCGGCCAUGAGGUCGGCGAGCAAGAGGUUAAGAAGCUGGCACGGCUGGAUAUCAAUGGGCGCAUUAUCAAGAAUGUGCUAAAGACCGGCACGCUGCUUGCGUCGCACAAGGAUGAGAGGUUGGGCUUUGAGCACUUGCAGACUGUGUUGCAGGUCGAGGGUCGGGCGAUGGCUGAGUAA